GCCCUUCCUGUGUGUGAUCCUGGCACUGGGAAUUCUCACAGGAAUCCUUCCUUUCCUCUUGUCCCUCCAGAGGAACUCACAGCGGAGCUCGAGGAAUACAAAGCCAGAGCACGAAAAUGCCUCCAGGAGCACAGGAAGGAAGAGGAGACAAUGGUGGAGGUGAUGCUGGACCCGGCCACGGCCCAUCCCCGCCUCAUCGUGUCCCCGGAGCUGCGGAGCGUGCGCUGGGAAUUCCACCUGGAGGAGCCUCCCGACGGUCCCGAGCGCUUCGACACCGAUCCCUGCGUGCUGGGCUCCCAGGCCUUCUCCUCCGGGCGGCACUGCUGGGAGGUGGACGUGGCCCAGGGCCAGUACUGCGCCAUCGGCGUCAGCAGGGGCUCCUUGAAGAGGAAGGGGCCCAGCAGCUUCAGCCCCGAGGAGGGGAUCUGGGCCCUGCAGCAAUGGGGCUUCCAGAGCAGAGCCCUCACAUCCCCCCCCAUCACCCUGAGCCUGGCACGGGUGCCCCGGAGGAUCCGGGUGUCCCUGGAUUAUGAGUGGGGAGAGGUGAGGUUCUUCGAUGUGGAGAACCAAGUCCCCAUCUUCACCUUCCCUCCGGUGUCCUUCCGGGGGGAGCAGCUCCGGCCCUGGUUCUGGCUGGAGCUGGGCUCCAUCUCCCUGCGCCGGUGACCGUCCUGGUGCCAAGGGGCUGGAGGAGCCAUGGAAGAGCCUUGGGAGCUGUGGGACAUCACGGAUGGACACUGUG